AUGUCACAAGAAACAAAAGUCAAUAUGCCUCAGGAGGCACCAACUUACAGUCCUAAUUUAAAAUCGAGCGCAAGUCUACAAGCUUGCGCGUGCAAUUCUUCAGACAGCAACUGUCAAAUACAGCAACAUUUAUUGCAGCCUUCAAUGAAAUCCUGGAAUCCACAUCGAUACUCACUUCAGAAAGCUGUCGUAGUAGGGGAAGUUGCUUCGUUACAAGACGUUCUAAGGGGUAAAAAUAGUCCGCCUUUUGACUUGGCAUCUUUUCGUGUUUUUGCUGAAGGAAAAAUGUGUGUCGAACUAAUUGAUUUCUGGUGUGAUGUUGAAAAGUUUCGAAUCAUUGAUCCAGUGGCACAUGAAGCACAAGCAAGAUAUAUUUAUGAGACUUAUAUAUCAGAGCAAGGUGUCAAAGAAAUAAAUCUUUCUUCUGUAAUGCGGAAACGAGUACAUAAGAGACUUUUGGAAGGAAUAAAAACUGCGGACCCAACAAUAUUUGACGAAACGCAAAACGAGACACAACUACUAUUACUUGCGGAUGUCUAUCCUAAAUUUAUUAAUUACGUGCAUUUACGUAAAAACUUGAUUUUAUCGCGUAAUAUUGCGUUAUGGUGUAUUAAUAUGCCAAGUCUAAAGCAAUUUUUCACAUUCCCAAGUCCAGUGAAUGAAGCAGAAUCAAGAGUGAUCGCUGGUCCAAGACUAGAUCCUCAAGCUUUCAUUGUUAUCUUUGUCCUGCGGCCAUUAUUCGAAGAUAUCUUACCAAUUAUUCGUUCAAAAUACGUGCCAUCAGUACCGAAACAUUUCGCUCAAAUCUGCGGUCUAUUCUUCUCGUUAUUUGGCACACUAUUUUGGUUUUUAAACUACCAUGUGGUCUCAUUCAUAUUUUGGGGAGUAUUAUUUACGGCAGCGUCUUUUGCUGCUAUUUUUGAUUUCUGUAUCGCGUGCGAAUCGAUAUAUUUCGGUGCACGACAUGGAUGGUUGCCGAAAACUUGGUGUGAAGAUUGUACCACGAAUUAUGUUACUGGCAAGAAAACAUCAGCAAAAGCAAUAGAUCGUAAAGUUUCUGAAACCGAAACACUUGUUUAA